CUGCUGAAAGACUGCCUGACUGACUGGCGGAUCCAUCGACCGAUCUGUCACUCGCCGCGUGCUUCUGCGCAGGAGUGAGAGAGAGAGAAAGACUUAGCUCUGAGGGCCCUCUUGAUCGAGCUGCUGUGUCCAGGCUCAUGCAAUUUACAUAAAUUGUGCCCCGGUUAAAACCUAUAGCGCAUGGUUACGUUCUGAUAUUUUAUUGUUGUGAGUGUUUUAGUUGGGAUCGUCAGUUGUUCGUUCAUUCAUCCAUUUAUUUCUUCCUUCCUCCCUUCCUCCCUUCAUUCAUUCAUUCAUUCUUUCAUUCUUUCAUCGCCGGUAUUUAGGCCCGAGCGUUUCUUGAAAGGUUGGUGUGGUUGAUUUGGGUUGGAUUGAACGUGAGAAAAUCACAAAAACUGCCAUCGAAGGAAACAAAAAGAGCGACAGGAUGGAGAACAAAGGGUACGGUUAUCCCUAUGGUGCUCAAGGAUACCCGCCUCAAGGAUACCCUCAAGGAUACCCGCCUCAAGGUUAUCCUCCUCAACAGCAACAAUUUUAUCAACAGGGUCCCGUGAUGGCGCCUCCUGCUUAUCAACAGGCACCACCUCCUCGAAACCGUGGAUUCCUCGAGGGAUGCUUGGCGGCUCUUUGUUGUUGCUGUUUACUGGACGAGUGCUGCUGUGAUCCUAGCGUUAUCUUGGUGACCUGAGGAGCAAGCAGUGGCUCCAAUUUCUAUGAAGUUUAUCAUGUAAAGAAUACCAUCAAUUCUCGGGACGGAAGGGAACACCACAACUCAUCCAUUGGAGCACACUGAGGAGGAAAUUUCUCACAUGCAAUUACAGUGGAGGUGACAAUGGUGUUUCUGAGAGCUUCAUCUCAGGCGGUGAUGGUGAAGAUAUUUAGUUUUGGUUAGUAUUUCUGUAGUGAAGGUUGGCAGAUCGUGUUACAUCAAGAAGUGGGGCCUUCAAAGCUGGAUAUAUCUCAAGUUACCUGAGCGUGUGACUCAUUGUGGAUUAGUUAGUGGAUCCAAGCAUGAAAGACUCAUCUUACGGGAUCAAGGAUGAAGUUCGGUGGCAUUAGAAAAAUUAGACAAAUUCUUCUCGCAGAUUCUGUAGAUAGGUGUACUCGUACCACAACUAUUGGAUGGUUUGACAGGGAAUUAGAUCGCAGAUUGCUUCUGUGACUGAGCUAUACGGCUAUGUCUCCUGUUUAAAAGAAUCAAACAAUAAACGCAUUGUACAAAGAG